AUGGCAACACCUCCCAGCAGUCGUGAUAAUCGGACUAACCCGUGGCCAGAGUGGCCGCUCAUUUUCCGCACCGACUAUGGCCAUGAGGAAGUAGCAGUGCACUACGGUCGAGACCCACGUACAUUCAACAUUCUCACUAAAGCUUUUGUUGCCGCCUCUGAUGACCCUGCCCGACUUGGCGGUCUGAACACUGUUUUGGUGCGCUGGGAAAAGUCCGGUGAAGGAGAUUCGGAGGGUCGAUUUAAGCUUGUGGAGAUAGCUGGUACAGAAAAGCUUAUUGAGUGCGACAUGGCCCUCUUGGCGAUGGGAUUCCUGGGACCGGAGAGAUCUAUUCUUGAGGAGUUGGAGCUAGAUGCCGACCCUCGGUCUAAUGUAAAGACGGAAAGCGGUAAAUUUGCCACUUCUGUUCCGCGAGUUUAUGCUGCUGGAGACUGCCGUCGAGGUCAAUCUCUGGUUGUUCACGCCAUCAACGAAGGUCGCCAGGCUGCUCGACAAGUAGAUAUAGAUUUGAUGGGCAACAGCAGUUUGCCCGGUCCUGGUGGCAUCAUUAUGUCUAGGGACACAAGAGUGCAUGCCUAG